UGAAAUUUGGUGCCGUUGACCUAAACAACCAAAUGAUUGUAGUUUAAUUAGUUUAUUAGGCGUACUCGGAAUUAAAAGACAUAUCCAAAAACAUUCGGCUACUAAAACUCCACUAAACGCUUCAGUAAAAAUGCUUUCGCGUAAAUAUUUUCUAAUUGGUAUAUUAAUAGCUCUGCUAAAGUAUACACCAGCGCAGGCAGACACAAAUUCAGGAAAUUUUGACAAAAUAAAUUCGGCUCAUAAUUCGAAUAGUUCAAAAUUUACCGAUAUUACUACUACAAAAGCUACAGAAAACAUAGCAAAAAAUGCAACAACAAACAAAUAUAAUGGUAAUAUUACAACAAUAUCUUCAACCAUUGUAAGUCCAAAGGAGGAAUUCAAAAAUUUUAGUGUCAAUGUAAGGCAAGAACAAACUGCUUCGAGAGCAAAUCUAUCGAGCAACGAAGAAAUUAUAAAAAGGACUACUACUUUAGCGAACAUUACUGCUAUAGAUGUGCCCACCACUAAUAUGGUUGGCGCAGAUAGUUCCAAUAAUGCAAGCUCUGAAGCUCCAUUAAACGACAAUUUGAAUGAUAUUUCAAGAGCAAGCAUGGAAAUAUCAUAUCCAACAAUUAGGACAGUAAUGUUAAUUGCUGCAGCAUUACAUUAUUUAUGGCAUAUCAGAAGCGAUGGUUAUUAUUAAAUUUUACACUUUGUUUAAGCUUAUUUAAUUGAAAUAAAGAAAUGCCAAAAUCAAA